AACGUUUGAACUUUGACUCGGAACUGUACUGAAGUGUCUGCUAUAAAUGUGGCCCCCGUCCUGCCUCGAACUUAGCAGGCUCCCAUCAUACUCAAAGCACAUCAUUCUUAUAUGAUUCCGCAGUUGAUCUUCAAUAUUAUUCUCGAUGCCCAAUCUUGACUUUUAUACUAGCAGUACGUCCAGCCAACCGCAGUCGCUCUAGGGCACAUUAAGCGAUGUCAUGCAGAUUCGAGACUAUGAGGACUUCCGAGCUGUAGUCGGAUUACUGUUUCACUGCCCCGCGUAAUCUUUUGCAAGUGGAUCAACGGAUGUUGAACGUUGAUUUUACAGUUCUUGCUCAACCACAUACAGCCUGAGUCUCUUCUUGUAGGACAUUGAUCCUAGUAACCUCCUUUUCUAGUGACAGGUUUUUUGGUGAGCUGCCCGCCACAUUGCCCCAGCGUAAUGUAUCCAUCCCUAUUGCCUUGAGUUCAGUGGAGCUUCUGAGCGGGAGGCAACUCGCCAAGUUCCUCCUAUCUCCCAACUUGCACCACAUGCGCUGUCGAUUUAUGCGGCGUAAUAUUGACAGCCCUCGCUGUGCCAAGGCCUCAUGAUCCACUCAAUUCAUUACACGGUAUACUAGUAACUGCGCCGAAUUGACAUUCCGCGUCACUUCCUGCGCAGCCAACACUUGCUGCAUAAAUAUUGCCCGAAGAUGAUCUGCACGACGAUGUUUCGUACCAUGUUCCGACUCGUGGCUCGUAUUACGAUGCUCUCAUGGGUGCCUCUCCUCACUCGCCUUGUAGCGUUGGCAUCUUCGACUGGCAGUCAUGGUUGUAAAUGUAUUUCAACUGAUGAUUGUUGGCCAGACGCAUCUGCUUUCGCCAAACUAGCCUCCGAGGUUUCUCAACCUCUUGUACAGCCUUUCCCUACUGCUUCUGCUUGCUACCCAGUAUCUGACCCAUCUGGCAAUUGUACUGAAGUUCAAACAUUAUGGGGUGAUGGGAAUUGGCGUUCGAAUCAAGCUGGCUCCAUGCAGGAGUCCAAUUACGAGACGUUUACCUUUGACAAUGGAACCAUAAGUGCUUGCUACCGUGACACGGCCCUUGGUGUACCUUGUGAACAAGGGAGCGUGCCUGUUAUUGGUGUUGAUGCUCGUACGCUAGAAGAUGUUCAAGCAGGAGUAAAGUUCGCUCGUGUACACAACCUCCGACUUGUGGUUAAGAACACUGGCCAUGAUUUUCUUGGCCGUAGUGCGGGUAGGGGAUCAUUCGUCAUCUGGACUCAUCACAUGAAGAAUAUUACUGUGCAUGAUACGUUCACACCGUUUGGGGGACGUAAAAACGAGAAGUAUUCUCAAGCGAUAACUCUAGGUGCCGGUGUGCAAUGGCACGAAGCUUACGAUGCUGCUAACGGUGCAAAUCGUACACUAGUAGGCGGCCUAUCUGCUGGUGGUUCUGUAGGAGCUGCCGGCGGUUGGCUUCUUGGAGGAGGACACAGCGCUUUGUCUCCUACAUACGGGCUUGGGGUGGAUAAUGUUCUCGAGAUCAGUAUUGUCGUCGCCAGCGGAGAGCAUAUCAAAGCCAACUCGCACAAGAAUACUGAUCUUUUUUGGGCCCUCCGCGGGGGAGGUGGUGGGACGUAUGGUAUUGUCACGUCCGUGACAUAUCGUACCCACCCCUUACAGCAGGUCAUCGCCGGGUUUCUUACAACCUCUAUCAAAAGCUCUACUCCGGGAACACCACCUAUCCUGGUUAAGCUAAUCUCUGAAUUCUUCCGGAUGUCGCCUAACCUAUCCGAUGCUGGAUGGGGUGGAUAUGGUCUCAUGGCUCCUUCAGCACCUGGAGAAUCACUGGCUAUGCAAUUUGUUGCCAUCGCACCGAACUCGUCUUGGUCCGCUGCUAACGAUUCAUUUCUUCCUCUCAUCGCGAACGUCGCCUCUCUUGCUGCCAACUCCUCUAUCGAUGAUGGAGGCUUGUUGAAUAUCACGUUCGCGAGCACGUUCCCUGUGGAGUCGUUCCAUGCUUGGCUGACUCAAUUCAUUGACUCGGGGACUGCUGAAACGGGCGGAAACGUAAUGAUAGGUUCCAGGUUGCUACCCAAGGCGCUGCUAGAUGUGAACUCUACUCGAGCAGCAGAAACUUGGCUAGGUUUGCCUGGGAUCACCUUCCACUUGGUAGCUGGUGGCGCAGUUUCGAAAACAGACCCAGAUGCAACGGGCCUGAAUCCAGCAUGGCGAAAAGGAGUUUUGCAUGCGGCAUUCGGUAGUGGUUGGCCUGAAGGAACUUCAUCAGCGGAUAUUGAGCAGAUUGCGAAUGGCAUAAAACAGAAUCUUACUCUAAUUGAGAAUCUUUCUCCUAAUGCCGGUGCAUAUUUGAACGAGGCAUCUUUGUUUGAGACAGACUUCCAGCAGACUUUCUUCGGCAACCAUUACCACAAGCUCAAGGCGAUUAAGAAACGCUAUGAUCCUACGGACUUGUUUAUUGUCCCGAAAGGCGUUGGAUCUGAGGACUGGGAUGAGCAGCUUCACUGCCGCCGCAGGAAGUAGUAUGCAGACACACUUCUCAUAUACCCUAUUGCCACACACUGUGCUAGUUCUGAAAAUGUUGAUGUAUACUUUAUGCAACGCGUACGUGAAAACAUCAACGACAAGACACAAUCGCUAAGCUACAAAACUAUCUGGACGAAUCGGAGAAGGGGAGCCUGGAAGAAUGGAGAGGUGGAAAGGAUAGGAGAAUGCGUCCACAAUACAACAAUGUGACGCAA